AUGGAAACCCUUCGGCGGUUGUACGGGCGGCCGGAAUUACUUGUGAAAAAUCUACUGGCGAAAGUUCGACGUUUAGAAGCACCGAAAUCGGAACGACUUGACAGUUUGAUGAGUUUUGGUAUAGCGGUUCAACAAUUGUGCGACCACCUCGAGGCCGCAAAUCUGCGAAGUCACCUAUCGAAUCCCACUCUAUUGGAGGAACUUGUGGAGAAGCUACCGGCAUCGAUUAAAUUAGAAUGGGUUCGGUAUAAACGAGAGUUCGACGAACCAUCGUUAAAAGAGUUUGGCGAGUUUAUGGACCGGCUCGUGGUUGAUGCGAGCGAGGUGACAACAUUCGUGGCACCGAAAAAAGAGAACACUCACACUGAUAGAACAAAACACAACCUAAAGGCGCACAUACUAUCGCACAACGAGACCCCAAGUGUGACAGGAAAACAUCUUCCGCGAGAGCCAUGCCCAAUAUGUUUGAAGCUAGAUCAUCGUGUGCGCAACUGCGACAAGUUCAAGCAGAUGAACGUUAUGGAUCGUCUUAGAGCAGUAGAACGGUUCAAGCUUUGUGAGGUGUGCCUGUUUCCCCACGGUAAUAAGGUGUGUCGUUCAAGGUACUACUGUAAUGCCGAAGGUUGCCGUGUCCGCCACCAUCCAUUGCUACAUCGUGAGAUCAUUGUUCGAGCGGACUGUCAGGCUCAUCGGGUCGCGAUGAAACCUGUGUUGUUCAGGGUAGUACCUGUCACUCUGCAUCAUGGUGCUCGAAGCAUAGACACGUUUGCUUUCCUUGACGAAGGAUCAUCUCGCACCUUGAUCGAAGCUAGUUUAGCACAACGCUUAGGAAUCAACGGAGUACCGGAGCCAUUGGAGUUGACGUGGACAUCAAAUGUAGUCCGUAAGGAGCUUUCAUCGAGGCGAGUUGACUUAACAAUUUCUGCGAGAGGAGGAAAAGAACGAUACAAACUUGCAUCUGCUCACACUGUCAGCGCACUUAACCUGCCGAAGCAGAGUUUGCAAAUGAGCGUUAUAGGCAAGCAUUUCAAACACCUUGAGAAUAUUCCAACGAUGUCGUUCCAAGAGGCGGAAUCAAAAGUGCUCAUCGGCCUACAGAACUUGGAGUUAUUUGCACCACUUGAAAGUCGUGUUGGUCAAUCAGGCGAACCUAUAGCAGUAAGAAGCGUUCUUGGAUGGACAAUUUACGGACCUUGCGGAGAGAACCAAGACUCGUACCAGUUUCUGGGUCUGCACGGCUGUAAGUCUGAAGUCGAUCGAGAGCUAAACGAGAUGAUCCGAAAAUAUUUCGUAAUGGAAGAAGUAGGAAUGAAUUCGGUACAACUACCAGAACCAGCUGAGAUAGUUCGAGCGAAAGAAUAUUAG